GGGCCAAGUCCUAAACGUCAAGUUAACAGCUGUUUGUGGUCGAUUUUAAACGUUCGAGUAUUUUUAUGAAGGUUUCCGAAAUUAAUUUUGCAGAUUUUAUUUAGACAAGUAUAUUGUUCAAUAAUAUUAAAACAACUUCAUUGUUAAACUGUUCCAGUAAGAUGUCACGAAAGGAAGCUCUCUCAACGUUCAUCAAUCAGAUCCAUGGGCGCCCAGUGGUUGUGAAACUGAACAGCGGCGUAGAUUACCGUGGCGUCCUGGCAUGUCUCGAUGGUUACAUGAACAUCGCACUCGACCAGACUGAGGAAUAUGUCAAUGGUCAGCUGAAAAAUAAAUACGGUGAUGCGUUCAUUCGUGGUAAUAAUGUUCUGUACAUAUCCACUCAAAAAAGACGUGUAUAGUAAAUCAUCUCUACUGCUUAAUUGAAAAUACAACUUCCAUUUCCAAAUACAAUGUUUUAUUUC